AUGUACUUACAGUCGCUCCUUGCCACUUUCUGUCUUUUAAUGGGUAGCUACUCUCAAGAGACAGAUCCACUACCAGAAGAAGAUCCGAAAAACUUUCCGAAUCAAGAUGCAAGAAAGGUUUACUAUGUGUCUGGAAAGCAAUGGGUCAAGUGGAGAACGUACACUGCGACGACGCCACCAGGAGGGUAUAAAUGUGAAUACGCUCAAAUUGUUGGUGGUGCUGACGGUGAGGGAGAGAAAAACUACACCUUGGAAGUAGGAGGCAGAAUUGGAGAAACGUGGAUACGCGUAAACCAAACUUUGGUUUUAAAGAAGUCCGGCAGUCAUCCUCAACCAAACGUGAUGCAGUUUCAACGAAACCCAGAUGAUGGAAUACAAGAACACAAGCUUCUCUACUCUGACUAUGAUAGCUGUUCAAUAAUAAGAAUAACAAGAAAAACUGAAGGACUCUUCUGUGACCUGCUGCUGUUUAGAAAUGCGGCAGACGCGGAGCCGCCAAGUCCUUGCAAAGAAAAGUUUGAGGAAUAUUGCAAAGGAGACAGGGUUGAAGUUUACACUUCUGAUUGUGGGACCCAACAAGAAGAAGCUGCCUAA